CGCGCCCGCAGGUCCGCACCACCGGGAAACCCACGGGCACCGCGCGCUCCCCCCGGUCCGCCAGGUGCACUACACCGCGGCGCCCCACCUGACCCGGGAUGCGCAGCCCUAGACCUUCCCCGGUCACCCAGGCCAGGAAGGGGCGGGAGUGCCGCGGACGCCGAGGGCCAAGGGCUUCUCGGUCCUCUGCACCACGCAGCACCCCCAAGGCAGCACCAGGGAGGGUGCGGGAGGCUCCCGAGACCCAGGAGCUGGGGCCGGGCGUGCCCGCGCACCUGUCCCACCGCGGCAAGGGCUGGGGUCGCCUCCAGGGCCGCAGCUGUCGGGAGCCACCUGGCCCUCAGUCCCAGGUCCCUGUGACAACCCUCGGGCCCGGAGGGGAGGCGGCGGCCACCUGCCGCGGCCACCUGCGGCACCGGUCCCACCGCUCCGGGCCGAGCAGGACAGGGCAGGACGUCCCUCCUGGGCUGGGGACAGGGACACGCGCCGAGGGGACCGGGGCCCCCGCAGCGAAGACGCAGCGCGCCUUCCCAGAAAGGCAGUCCCGUGCCUCCGCGACGGACUGCCGGACCCCCGCGCUAGCCCACCAACCCCUGCAGACCGCGCGGCUGAGACGCAGAAAGCCGGCCGGCGGGCGGGCUGACGGCGCGGCGCCUACUCACCGGCCCCGCUGGCUCAGCGCCGCCGCAGCCCGCAGCCGCCGCGGCUCCCGGCGCUCACUGAUGCUCAGGAGAGGGACCCGCGCUCCGCCGGCGCCUCCCGCCGGCGCCUCCCGCCAGCGCCGCCAGGGGGCGAGCGCGACCGCGCGGGGCUCGCUGGGAGAUGUAGUCCCCGGACCGCCGCCUGUGCUGUCCUCCUUCAGCAGGCGGCCGGGGGCCCCUCUCUACCGGCGCUCCCUGUCUCAUCUCCCUAUCUGCUCAUCCUCUGUUUGCAGAUAAUCUAUGUUGGGGCGCCCCCGUCCAGAUCUGGGCCCCAUUUCCGCACUCGAGACCAGCGGUUUUCUAAGGGUGGUGCCCGGACCAGCAGCUUCAGUCUCAUCUGGGAACUCGAGAAAAUGCUGGUUCUCCGUCCCACCGAGGCUAUUCGGUUUUUCCUGCACUAAAACUAUGAAGGUGGGGCCCAGCAGUCCGCAUUCUUGCAAGCCCUUCAAGUGAUUCUGAGGCGUCCUCCAGUUUGAGAGCUAUGCUCACGGCCUCUCCUGCGCCCCGCCCGUCAUGCCUGUGGCGCUAGCCGCACACGGACACAGCAUUCUGCGGGGCCCGCCCCCGCCGCGCCGCUGCACCCUCACCGCCCAGUGCCUCCUCCAGGAUGCCGUGGAGGCGCCUGGAACUCGGGAAGGUGAAUAUCCCACUCAGUAUCUUCCCUACCCUCACGCUGAGGCACAUGGCCAGGGGUUGGAAAGAGUCACUGUGUUUCUUGACAUGGAAGUGGCCUAAGACCUUAGUGAAAGCUGCAGGAGUGGAAUGACAGGACCUUCGGUCAUAUUUGAGGGCGGGAGGAUCAAAGGAGGAGGAUGGAAAGGAUCCAGGGAAAAUAACCAACACUGGCAAGUCGCGGUGCCCAGGUAGAGGGGCGAGCCCAGACUAGUGGUUCUCGACCAGGGCCCAUGUUGCCCUUCCUCGCCGCCCCGCGAACAUUUGGGGAGGUCUGGAGACAUUGUUGGUUGUUAUGAUGCGGGAGAUGCUACUGUUACCCAAGUGGGUAGACACGAGGGUGCUCCUCAACAUCCUACCUGAAGGACAAGACUGUCCCACAAGGAAGAAUGAUCCGGCCCCGAAUAAGAAGCCCUUGGCUGGUCAGCAACAACCCUUUUGUUCUGAGAAGACAGGAGGAAAGAAUAAAAGAAGAGGGGUGAAUGGUUUGGUAGAGGAAACGAAGACAUUUUCACUAGAAAGGAAGAGAGGAAGAGAAGGAAGAUAUCUGUAAGGACGAGCAAACCGAGUGACAGCGGAUUUCCUCAUACUGAAGUAAUGAGUCCUAGUUAUAAUAAAUUCCUAAUAAAAAAUCCAGUUUAUCCCUGCAAUAAACUUGUCAUAUUUUUUAAAAUA